AUGAUGUUUGGCAAGAAAAAAAACAACGGAGGAUCUUCCACUGCAAGAUAUUCAGCUGGCAACAAGUACAACACACUCUCAAAUAAUUAUGCGCUUAGCGCGCAACAGCUCUUAAAUGCUAGUAAGAUCGAUGACAUCGAUUCGAUGAUGGGAUUUGAAAGAUACGUACCGCCGCAAUACAAUGGCAGGUUUGAUGCGAAGGAUAUAGAUCAGAUUCCAGGCCGCGUAGGGUGGCUGACGAACAUGCACGCAACGCUGGUCUCUCAGGAAACCUUAUCCAGUGGUAGUAAUGGCGGCGGCAAUUCGAAUGACGGAGAACGUGUAACGACCAACCAAGGUAUUUCCGGAGUUGACUUCUACUUUUUAGAUGAAGAGGGUGGGAGCUUCAAGUCGACAGUUGUCUAUGACCCAUACUUCUUUAUUGCGUGUAACGAUGAAUCAAGAGUAAAUGAUGUGGAGGAACUAGUGAAAAAAUAUCUGGAAUCUUGUCUCAAAAGCUUACAAAUCAUUAGAAAGGAAGAUCUUACCAUGGACAAUCACCUUUUAGGGCUGCAGAAGACACUUAUUAAGUUAUCAUUUGUAAAUUCCAAUCAGUUAUUCGAGGCCAGGAAACUCCUGAGGCCAAUCUUGCAGGAUAAUGCCAAUAAUAAUGUGCAAAGAAAUAUAUAUAACGUUGCUGCAAAUGGCUCGGAAAAAGUUGACGCCAAACAUCUGAUCGAAGAUAUCAGGGAAUAUGAUGUGCCGUAUCAUGUCCGAGUAUCUAUAGACAAGGACAUUAGAGUCGGUAAAUGGUAUAAGGUAACUCAACAGGGAUUCAUUGAAGAUACUAGGAAAAUUGCAUUUGCCGACCCUGUGGUAAUGGCAUUUGAUAUAGAAACCACGAAGCCGCCUUUAAAAUUCCCGGAUUCCGCCGUAGAUCAAAUAAUGAUGAUUUCGUAUAUGAUCGAUGGGGAAGGUUUUUUGAUAACAAAUAGGGAGAUAAUCUCUGAGGAUAUUGAAGACUUUGAGUAUACACCGAAACCGGAGUAUCCUGGUUUUUUCACCAUAUUUAACGAAAACGAUGAAGUGGCGCUUCUACAAAGGUUUUUUGAACAUAUAAGAGAUGUACGACCCACUGUUAUAUCCACCUUCAAUGGUGACUUUUUCGAUUGGCCUUUUAUACAUAACAGAAGUAAGAUUCACGGCUUGGACAUGUUCGAUGAAAUUGGUUUCGCUCCAGAUGCUGAAGGUGAGUACAAGUCCUCAUACUGCUCUCACAUGGAUUGUUUCCGUUGGGUGAAGCGUGAUUCUUAUUUACCACAAGGUUCCCAGGGUUUAAAAGCUGUUACUCAAUCUAAGCUAGGUUAUAACCCAAUUGAACUGGAUCCCGAAUUAAUGACGCCGUAUGCAUUUGAAAAGCCACAGCACCUUUCCGAAUAUUCUGUUUCCGAUGCAGUCGCUACGUAUUACCUUUACAUGAAAUAUGUUCAUCCUUUUAUCUUUUCCCUUUGUACUAUUAUUCCUUUGAACCCGGAUGAAACAUUGAGAAAGGGUACCGGUACUUUGUGUGAAAUGUUGUUGAUGGUUCAAGCUUAUCAACAUAAUAUUCUUCUACCAAAUAAGCAUACAGAUCCCAUUGAGAGGUUCUAUGAUGGACAUCUUCUAGAAUCCGAGACUUACGUGGGUGGACAUGUGGAGUCAUUAGAAGCUGGUGUUUUUAGGAGUGAUUUGAAGAAUGAAUUCAAGAUAGAUCCUUCUGCCAUUGAUGAAUUAUUACAAGAAUUACCAGAAGCUUUGAAAUUUAGUGUGGAAGUUGAAAAUAAGUCCAGUGUAGAUAAAGUAACGAAUUUUGAGGAAAUAAAAAACCAGAUAACGCAGAAAUUAUUAGAGUUGAAGGAAAACAAUAUAAGAAACGAACUACCUUUGAUCUAUCAUGUAGAUGUCGCCUCUAUGUACCCAAACAUCAUGACUACAAAUAGACUACAACCAGAUAGUAUCAAAGCAGAGCGCGAUUGUGCUAGUUGCGAUUUUAAUAGACCCGGAAAAACCUGUGCAAGAAAGUUAAAAUGGGCUUGGAGAGGAGAAUUCUUUCCCAGUAAGAUGGAUGAGUAUAACAUGAUCAAGCGUGCAUUACAAAAUGAGACUUUUCCCAACAAAAACAAGUUUUCUAAAAAGAAAGUUUUGACAUUUGAUGAACUAAGUUACGCAGACCAAGUUAUCCACAUAAAAAAACGUUUAACUGAAUAUUCAAGGAAAGUUUAUCAUAGGGUUAAAGUAUCAGAAAUUGUCGAACGAGAAGCCAUUGUCUGCCAAAGAGAAAAUCCAUUCUACGUCGAUACCGUGAAAUCCUUUCGUGAUAGGCGUUACGAAUUCAAAGGUUUAGCCAAGACUUGGAAGGGAAAUCUGUCCAAAAUUGACCCAUCUGAUAAGCAUGCGAGAGACGAGGCCAAAAAGAUGAUUGUGCUUUAUGACUCAUUACAAUUAGCUCACAAAGUUAUUUUGAAUUCGUUUUAUGGGUAUGUUAUGAGGAAAGGCUCUCGUUGGUAUUCCAUGGAAAUGGCGGGGAUUACGUGUUUAACAGGUGCCACGAUCAUUCAAAUGGCGAGAGCUUUAGUAGAAAGGGUAGGAAGACCAUUAGAAUUAGAUACUGAUGGUAUUUGGUGUAUCUUACCAAAAUCUUUCCCUGAAACUUACUUUUUUACAUUAGAAAAUGGUAAAAAGCUUUAUCUCUCCUACCCAUGUUCCAUGCUGAAUUACAGAGUUCACCAAAAGUUUACGAAUCACCAAUACCAAGAAUUAAAAGACCCAUUGAACUAUAUAUAUGAGACGCACAGUGAAAACACGAUUUUUUUCGAAGUUGACGGACCAUAUAAGGCCAUGAUUUUGCCUAGUUCCAAGGAAGAAGGAAAAGGUAUAAAGAAAAGAUAUGCUGUCUUCAAUGAAGACGGCUCACUUGCUGAACUGAAAGGUUUUGAAUUGAAGAGGCGUGGUGAAUUACAACUAAUAAAAAAUUUUCAAAGUGAUAUUUUCAAGGUCUUUUUGGAAGGUGAUACAUUAGAAGGAUGUUACAGUGCUGUAGCAAGCGUAUGUAACCGUUGGUUAGAUGUUCUUGAUUCACAUGGUCUUAUGUUAGAAGAUGAAGACUUGGUCAGUUUGAUUUGUGAAAAUAGAAGUAUGUCAAAAACUUUAAAGGAAUAUGAAGGGCAAAAAUCUACUUCUAUUACGACGGCAAGGAGAUUGGGGGAUUUUUUGGGUGAAGAUAUGGUAAAAGAUAAAGGUCUACAAUGUAAAUAUAUUAUUAGUUCAAAACCUUUCAAUGCACCUGUUACUGAACGAGCCAUUCCAGUCGCAAUAUUUUCAGCGGACAUUCCCAUCAAAAGGUCUUUUCUGAGGCGAUGGACAUUAGAUCCAUCUUUGGAAGAUCUGGAUAUCAGAACCAUAAUCGAUUGGGGUUAUUAUAGAGAAAGACUUGGAUCUGCUAUACAAAAGAUAAUUACUAUUCCAGCAGCAUUACAAGGGGUUUCCAAUCCUGUUCCAAGGGUUGAACAUCCAGAUUGGCUAAAAAGAAAAAUCGCUACAAAGGAGGAUAAGUUUAAGCAGACUUCACUAACCAAAUUUUUUUCGAAGACAAAGAAUGUACCAACAAUGGGCAAGAUAAAAGAUAUCGAGGAUUUGUUUGAACCAACUGUAGAAGAAGAUAACGCCAAAAUUAAAAUUGCAAGAACUACUAAAAAGAAAGCCGUAUCCAAGAGGAAAAGAAAUCAGCUUACAAAUGAAGAAGAUCCACUAGUAUUGCCCUCGGAGAUUCCUUCCAUGGACGAGGACUAUGUUGGGUGGCUAAAUUAUCAAAAAAUUAAAUGGAAAAUCCAAGCAAGAGAUAGAAAGCGUCGAGACCAAUUAUUUGGUAAUACAAACAGCUCCCGUGAAAGAAGUGCACUAGGAAGUAUGAUUAGGAAGCAAGCUGAAUCAUAUGCGAACUCCACUUGGGAGGUCUUACAAUACAAGGAUUCCGGUGAGCCAGGGGUUUUGGAAGUAUUUGUAACAAUUAAUGGCAAAGUCCAGAACAUCACCUUCCAUAUACCAAAAACUAUUUAUAUGAAAUUCAAAUCUCAAACAAUGCCGCUACAAAAGAUUAAGAAUUGCCUUAUUGAAAAAUCUUCUGCAUCGUUACCAAAUAAUCCCAAAACGUCUAAUCCAGCAGGCGGUCAGCUAUUCAAAAUUACUCUACCGGAAUCUGUCUUUCUGGAAGAAAAGGAAAACUGCACUAGUAUCUUCAACGAUGAAAAUGUACUUGGUGUAUUUGAGGGCACUAUCACUCCUCAUCAAAGAGCGAUCAUGGAUUUGGGAGCUUCGGUAACGUUCCGCUCAAAAGCAAUGGGUGCGUUAGGCAAGGGAAUACAGCAGGGUUUUGAAAUGAAGGAUCUUUCAAUGGCGGAAAAUGAAAGGUAUCUGAGUGGAUUUUCAAUGGACAUUGGCUAUUUACUACAUUUCCCAACAUCAAUUGGGUAUGAAUUUUUUUCAUUAUUCAAGUCAUGGGGAGAUACUAUUACUAUAUUAGUUUUGAAACCAUCCAACCAGGCUCAGGAAAUAAAUGCCUCAUCAUUAGGACAAAUAUACAAACAAAUGUUUGAAAAAAAGAAAGGUAAAAUAGAAACAUAUUCUUACUUGGUUGAUAUUAAAGAAGAUAUCAAUUUUGAGUUUGUAUAUUUUACAGAUAUCUCAAAAUUGUACAGAAGACUAUCACAGGAAACUACUAAAUUAAAAGAAGAAAGAGGUCUGCAGUUUUUACUCUUGUUACAAUCUCCGUUUAUCACUAAGCUCUUAGGCACAAUCCGGCUUCUAAACCAGAUGCCCAUUGUUAAGCUUUCCUUGAAUGAAGUUCUUCUACCCCAAUUGAACUGGCAACCGACAUUAUUGAAGAAACUUGUUAACCACGUUUUAUCCAGUGGUUCGUGGAUUUCUCACUUGAUCAAGUUAUCCCAGUAUAGUAACAUUCCAAUCUGUAAUUUGAGGCUGGAUAGUAUGGAUUAUAUUAUUGAUGUUCUUUAUGCAAGAAAACUAAAAAAAGAGAACAUCGUGCUUUGGUGGAAUGAGAAAGCUCCACUUCCAGAUCAUGGAGGCAUUCAAAAUGAUUUUGAUUUAAAUACAUCAUGGAUAAUGAAUGAUUCAGAAUUUCCCAAAAUUAAUAACUCAGGUGUGUAUGACAAUGUAGUUCUCGAUGUUGGUGUUGAUAAUUUAACAGUGAACACAAUUUUGACAUCAGCAUUAAUCAAUGAUGCUGAAGGCAGUGAUCUAGUUAACAAUAAUAUGGGUAUAGAUGACAAAGAUGCCGUUAUUAACUCGCCAUCUGAAUUCGUGCACGACGCCUUUUCUAAUGACGCUUUGAAUGUUUUAAGAGGUAUGUUAAAGGAGUGGUGGGAUGAGGCCCUAAAAGAAAAUUCAACCGCAGAUUUGUUGGUAAAUUCCCUGGCAAGUUGGGUUCAAAACCCGAAUGCGAAACUAUUCGACGGAUUACUAAGAUAUCACGUUCAUAACUUAACAAAAAAAGCCUUACUUCAAUUAGUAAAUGAAUUUAGUGCACUUGGCUCAACUAUUGUAUAUGCAGACAGGAAUCAAAUUCUAAUAAAGACAAACAAGUACUCACCUGAAAACUGUUACGCCUACAGCCAAUAUAUGAUGAAGGCAGUUAGAACAAAUCCAAUGUUUAGUUAUCUGGACUUAAAUAUCAAACGUUAUUGGGAUCUGCUAAUAUGGAUGGAUAAGUUUAAUUUUAGUGGAUUAGCAUGUAUUGAAAUAGAGGAAAAGGAAAAUCAGGAUUAUACCGCUGUUUCGCAAUGGCAACUAAAGAAGUUUCUGUCACCAAUAUAUCAGCCCGAAUUUGAGGAUUGGAUGAUGAUCAUAUUGGAUAGUAUGCUAAAGACAAAGCAGAGCUAUCUAAAAUUGAAUUCAGGGACGCAAAGACCUACCCAAAUAGUUAAUGUAAAAAAACAAGAUAAGGAAGAUAGUGUUGAAAACUCGUUGAACGGAUUUUCUCACCUUUUUUCCAAACCACUAAUGAAAAGAGUCAAAAAGCUUUUUAAAAACCAGCAAGAGUUCAUUUUAGAUCCUCAGUAUGAGGCAGACUAUGUUAUUCCUGUUCUUCCUGGUUCCCAUCUGAAUGUGAAAAAUCCCCUUCUAGAACUUGUCAAAUCACUCUGCCAUGUCAUGUUACUUUCAAAGAGUACAAUUUUAGAAAUCAGGACCCUGAGAAAAGAACUGCUGAAGAUAUUUGAAUUGCGUGAGUUUGCUAAAGUAGCGGAAUUCAAAGAUCCAAGUUUGAGUCUCGUGGUGCCGGAUUUUUUAUGUGAAUACUGUUUUUUCAUUUCUGAUAUUGACUUUUGUAAGGCAGCUCCUGAAUCUAUUUUUUCAUGCGUCAGAUGUCACAAAGCCUUUAAUCAAGUAUUGUUGCAAGAACACCUGAUUCAAAAACUACGUUCUGAUAUCGAAUCCUAUUUAAUUCAAGAUUUGAGAUGCUCCAGAUGUCAUAAAGUGAAACGUGACUAUAUGAGUGCCCACUGUCCAUGUGCCGGCGCGUGGGAAGGAACUCUCCCCAGAGAAAGCAUUGUUCAAAAGUUAAAUGUGUUUAAGCAAGUAGCCAAGUAUUACGGUUUUGAUAUAUUAUUGAGUUGUAUUGCUGAUUUGACCAUAUGA